GGCACGGCAAGAUGCAAAGUUGGGACUGAGGCAAGUGGGCAGUAUCCUCACUGAGAGUGGUGACUGACUGCUCGCCUGUCCUGGAACCUCUUCCCCGCAUCCCACAGCUCGCUCGGACUUUCUUCUGGGAGACCAACAGCAUUCUGAAACUCCGGAUCAAAGAACACAGCCAAGAUUUCCUCGGCGGUUCCCGCAGGUGACGGAGGAUGAGGAGCAUCCUUUGUGCUGUCCGUCACUGUUUGGCCCUGGUGUUUCUCCACUGCACCUUGGAGCUCCACUGUUUGGCCGAGGUCAAAGGGCAGCAGGUUCCCAGGAUUCAGCUCCGAUUGGCUGGUAGGAGGAAGAAGGCCAACGAGGGGCGGGUUGAGGUCUACUACGACGGCGAGUGGGGCACUGUGUGCGAUGACGAUUUCUCCAUAUCCACGGCCACUGUCAUCUGUAAGGAACUGGGCUUCCUCCACGCAGAGAGCUGGGUCCCCAAAGCCAAGUAUGGCAGAGGCAAAGGCAGGAUCUGGAUCGAUAAUGUCCGAUGCACUGGCAGUGAGAAGACUCUGGCAGCUUGCGAUUUCAAUGGCUGGGGCAUCACCAAUUGCAAACACACAGAAGAUGUUGGAGUAGUGUGCAGUGAGCAGAGAGUACCUGGCUUCAAGUUCUUCAACACCCUCCUCAACGAUAUUGAGGACGAGCAGUUACGAGUGCAAGAUGUUCGCAUCAAGGGAGUCUUUGGCUCGUCCAGGAAGCGGCUGCCUGUCACAGAGGGUUAUGUCCAGGUGCAGCAGGACGGAGAGUGGAAACAGAUCUGUGACGCGGACUGGACGGCCAUGAACAGCAGAGUUGUCUGUGGCAUGUUUGGAUUUCCUGCAGAGAAAGGCUACAACAUGAGGAUUUACAAGACCUUUGCGAGCAGGAAGAAGCACACGUAUUGGCCGUACAGCAUUAACUGCACAGGCAGCGAGGCCCAUGUGUCCAGCUGCAGCCUGGACUACUCUGAAAGCAACACCAACAGCUCGUGUGCCAGCGAGAUGCCUGUGAUUGUCAGCUGUGUGGCUGGACGGCCCUUUGCUGCUCUGAGUACUACGCGGGUUCGCAAAGCCUUCCAGACUGAGAGGCCUCUGAUCCGGCUGCGGGGAGGAGCGAAGAUCGGAGAGGGCAGAGUGGAGGUGAUGAAGAAUGGACAGUGGGGGACAGUCUGUGAUGACCGCUGGAAUCUGUUGGCAGCCAGUGUCGCCUGUCGAGAGCUGGGAUUCGGCACCGCCAAGGAGGCUCUGACCGGAGCCAGAAUGGGCAAAGGCAUUGGCAUGACCCACAUGAACCAGGUCUCGUGCACAGGCUUUGAGAAUUCCCUCACGGCCUGCCAGUCUAACCAGGAGCAGCUGUGUGGCCAUGAUGAAGAUGCUGCAGUUCGCUGUAACACCCCUGACAUGGGCUUCAAGCAACAGAUCCGCCUGGUCGGAGGACGUACUCCGUUUGAAGGACGUGUCGAGGUGCUGAUGAAGAGGAACGGCAGGCAGCGAUGGGGCACUGUUUGCAACAGCAACUGGGGUCUGAUGGAAGCAAUGGUGGUGUGCAGGCAGCUGGGCUUGGGAUUUGCUGACCAUGCAGUUCAGGAGACCUGGUUCUGGGGAGGGGAUCCGUCAGCUGAUGAAGUGGUGAUGAGUGGUGUGAAAUGUUCAGGCACGGAGAUGUCCCUUUUCCAGUGUCUUCACCAUGGGGAGGAGCUCGAUUGCCCCAAUGGAGGGGGACAGUUUGCUGCUGGUAUCUCGUGCACAGAAGCUGCUUCCGACCUGGUUCUGAACCCGCGGGUAGUUGAAGAGACCACGUACCUGGAGAAUCGGCCUCUGUCCAUGCUGGCCUGUGCCAUGGAAGAGAACUGUCUGUCAAGCUCAGCGGUCGGAUUGCCACCUCUGACCAGCUUUCGCCGGCUGCUGAGAUUCUCCUCCCAAAUCCACAACAACGGGGAGGCCGACUUCAGGCCCAAGGCUGGUCGCCACGCGUGGAUCUGGCAUGAGUGUCACAGGCACUACCACAGCAUGGAGGUGUUCACCACUUACGAUCUCCUGAUGCUGAAUGGAACACGGGUUGCUGAGGGACACAAGGCCAGUUUCUGUCUCGAGGAUACUCAGUGUGACUCAGGUACUGUACUCCACCCUCUCCCAGGAUUUCCUCUCCCGCAGCUCUUCUGGCAAUGGGAGCACACUAAAUGAAGGGUUUUUCGAAGCGUCUUCGGUGAU